UGUCAAACUGUAUUGGAUAUUCUAAUCCUUGGAAGCCGUGUCGCACUCGUUUUCUCUUUUGAAUGAAGGAUGUAAAGAAAUGCUAAAGUUUUCAAAUUUAUCUUGUAGUUACAAGUUGGAAACUUUGUACAGCUUAAUUACCUGUUAACUACGUGUUUUGGGGUUUGGUACUACUGUUUUUCUGUCAAUUAACCCCAAAGGAAACUACAGUGAGAACUUGAUCUCUCAAUACAGCUACCUCCUCUUGAUCUGGUUUCAGCUAGUGUGGCCUCCCUCUAAACUGAGUUCUGAUCCAGAAGCUUUUCUCCCUCACUCUCACCUCAUUAAGAUGGCCUCUUUGGGUAGAAGAGAGACACUGCGCUGCAUUUAGGGAACCAAAAUAUCCUAAUCAGUGUUUCUCAAAAUUGAAAAUGCACAGGUCCAUUAACAUUUUUAAACAUAACUUCAGUGUUGUCAUAGUGUUACUAAAAUGUGUACAAACAAAAAACAGCCUAGGGUUGCUAGAAAACUUACCGUGUCCUGUUGACUGGUUGGCUCAAUCUAAGUCGCUGCUCAUGACAUGAGUAGUGCAAAAGCUCUGGCAGUGGUGGGACUCGGGUGGGGGUGCCUGUGCCACUGUGUUAAGAAAUGACCCCAGUCUCUCCCACCUCCACCUUAGUGGGACUGCUGCAGAGCCACUUUGCUCCAGAGUGCUGUGACAUCAUUUGGUGUCCGCUUGAACUGAACACACUUGUGAAGUCUGUUCUUUGCUGUUUGCUUGUGAUAGUUCAAAUACUGCCACCUGGAGUCAAUGCGAUGCGUCUGAAGUAAGACUUGGUUAGAAGCUGCUAAUGCUGUUUUGUUUUUUAAGCUUAUGGCUGAAAUAAAAACAUUUAGACAUUGGCACUACUCAGAGGCUGACAGAAACACUGUCUUGGUAGGUAGGAGUGUGAGGUACUCAGGGCCCCUCCUGUGCCAGCUGGAAUCUCUGUCCAUUCCUGUCUUUUGCUCACACUCUCAUGGGCUUUGAUCUGCACUGGGCAGAAGUCCACUGAAACAUGUUGCCCCAUGUGUCUUACUGGAGCGAUAGGUAUCAUGUAGCAAUUUGAUAUGAGUAAGAAAAAUGUCCCCAGCCAACUUCUGUCUGUAUAUUCAGAUGGCUGUAAAUAAACAAUAUCCCCAAGAAGGAAGAACUAAAAAAUGACAACCAAUAGGAAGAAUGGAAGUACCUCUUCUGAAGCAUUCUAUCUAGCGCCCCUGAAGCAGGUUUGGUAAGCCCCUGAGUAUUUCAGGUGAAAGCGAAAACUUCCUGUGAGGAAGCAUGGGGUAUCACGCCGGUCUAUUAUGGAAUACCUGUGUGGCCCUGAAACGCCCGUGAGAGUCAUGCAGUUAAUGAUUACCCCAGCAGCUGUCGAAACUGCUUGGUUCCACUGGGCUGCAGGCAGCUCACCUGCAGAGGAGUCUCCAGGAACCAGCAUGUUCCCUUUGUUUGUUGGGGCUGGACUAGUGGUUCUGAACCUAGUGACCCCUGCCAGGAGCCAGAAAACAGAACCCCUUAGUGGCUCUGGGGACCAGCCACUCUUCCGGGAAGCAGAUCGCUAUGACUUUGCCAUCAUGAUCCCUCCAGGAGGGAUAGAAUGCUUUUGGCAAUUUGCCCACCAGGCUGGAUACUUCUAUUUCAGUUAUGAGGUUCAGCGGACACUGGGAAUGUCACAUGACCGGCAUAUUGCUGCCACUGCACAUACCCCACAAGGCUUUCUCAUAGAAACCUCUCAGAAUGUUCGGGGCCAGAUUAACUUCGCUACCCAUGAGACAGGUUUUUAUCAACUUUGUCUAAAAAAUCAGCAAAAUCACUUUGGUUCUGUGCAAGUGUACCUCAACUUUGGAGUCUUUUAUGAAGGGCCUGAGAUGGACCACAAACAGAAGAAUGAAAGAAAACAAAUGAAUGAUACUCUGGAUGCAAUUGAGGAAAGUACACGAAAGGUACAGAAAAAUAUCUUUCACAUGUGGCGUUACUACAACUUUGCCCGCAUGAGGAAAAUGGCUGACUUUUUCCUUCUCCAAUCAAACUAUAACUAUGUGAACUGGUGGUCGAUGGCCCAAAGCCUUGUUAUAGUUCUUUCUGGGAUCCUGCAACUGCAUUUCUUGAAGCGUCUCUUCAAUGUCCCAACGACUACAGACACAAAGAAGCCAAAAUGCUAAGCUAAAAUA